AUGUGUUAUCCAAUUGAAGAAGGCGGUUUGGGCUUUAAAAGACUUAAGGAUAUCAGUGAAGCUCUGGCAAUGAAGAGAUGGUGGAGGUUUAGAACUGAAAAAACACUAUGGGCUGAAUUUUUGAAAAUCAAAUAUUCUAGACUUGCACACCCAAUAGAUAGGAAGUGGAGAGCAGGAUUGGGGGCUUUAGCCCACAUUAUCCUUCACAAUGACAUUGGUAGAAACCACAGGGUGAAUGAAAUCAUAGAAGAUGGCUUGUGGAACAUAGAACAACUACAUCUGCCAGAAUAUCUUGCUGAACUUAUUCUGGAUAUUCCUAUUGGAAACAUGAAUUUACUGGAUAAUCCUAUUUGGAUGCCUUCUCCAAAUGGAAAAUUCUCAACUUCCUCUGCAUGGGGAAUCAUCAGACAAAGUCAAGACACUGAUCAAAUUCUCCACAAAAUUUGGCACAAAUAUAUCCCUUUCAAAAUGUGUUUUCUAGUUUGGAAAAUGCUUAAAAACAAAUUACCUUUUGAUAACAUAAUUAGUAGGAUAGGAAUUGAUGUUGGUACUAAAUGUUGUUGUUGUUUGCAGGCCAAAGAUGAAACUAUUCAUCAUACUUUCCUAGAUGGUGAGCUGGCUAGGACUAUAUGGAAUUUCUUUGGAAUUCCUUCAGGAAUUCCAAGGGAACACAAUACCUUAAGGACUUUGUUGAUGAAAUGGUGGUCUGUCAAAGCAGAAAAUGGUCUGCACAAAGAUCUUCUCAAAGUAAUUCCUGUUGUCAUUUUCUGGGAAAUAUGGAAAUCAAGGUGCUCAAACAGAUAUGGAAAAUCAAAAAUCUCAAAGGCUAGGGUUAUCUACCAGAUUAAGCUGAACACCGAUGGCAGUCACAAUUGUGAGGAUGAUAUUGGAGCUGGAGGCAUUGUCAGGGACAGUAAUGGGAAUCUCAUCAUGGCUUUUGCAAAAUCCCUCGGAAAGGGAAGUAGUAAUUUAGCAGAAGCUAAAGUUGCUUUAUAUGGAAUGAAAUGGUGCAUCUCUAAUGGCUUUCGGAACAUAAUUCUGGAAAGUGAUUCUCUCAUCAUAAUCAACAUGCUUGAAGGAAAAAUCAACAUUGCUUGGGAGUUACAAGACUCUAUUGAUACAAUAAAACAAUUGCUCUCUCAAACAAACUACAUUGCUCAACACUGUUAUAGAGAAGCAAAUCAAGUCGCGGAUGCAUUGGCUAAAUGGAGUAUGAAUGGUCAGGAAGAAAUAGUCUUUGAAAUAAAGAAUCUUCCAAAAGAGGCAGUCGGGACUUACAUUCUGGAUAAAGACAAUGUGGCUUCCAUCAGACACAAACAAAGGAAGAACAUAUAUGUAUAA